AUGUCGAAACCCGUCACGAGGAGUGCGGAUUCCCUGAAGUCGUUGACUACGAAACUGAAGGGACUCAAAUUAUCUUUAAGCAAUAUUUGCGUAUUCGUUAAAAACUUCAAAGAUGAUACUACCGCUGCUCAAAUCAAUGUCCGCCUUGAGAAGUUGGAUACGCUAUGGGUACAGAUUAGUGAAACUGUUUGGGAAAUCGAAGCGCACGAAGAUUUCGAGGAACAAGAGAGCCUUCAGACCAGCCAAGUGGACAUGGAGAACCGCUACUACGAUGCGAAAUCGUUUCUAGUGGAGAAGGCUCAAGCGUUUCAGAGCGAUGCCACUCAGAACCAAACGCUUCAUCCUGGAGACGCCACUCUACAUGGCAUGAUGGACCACGUUCGGCUGCCUCAAAUCAAGCUUCAAUGUUUUGAUGGCAACAUCGACGAUUGGUUGAGUUUCAGGGAUCUUUACACUUCCCUGAUUCACGAAAAACCCGAUCUACCAGCAGUGGAGAAAUUUCACUAUCUGAAAGGUUGCCUGGCGGGUGAGGCAAAGGCACUGAUCGAUCCGCUAAAGAUCACAAGAGACAAUUAUCAGGUUGCUUGGCAGACGUUGCUAAAACGCUAUAACAACAACAAGCUUCUUAAGAAGAAGCAGGUGCAAGCGAUGAUCAAAUUGCCGUCGCUCAUCAAGGAGUCAGCCACGGAUCUCCACAAAUUGGUUGAUGGAUUCGACCGUGUGAUUCAAACUCUCGACCAGAUUAUCCAGCCAGCGGAUUAUAAGGAUCUGUUGCUGGUGGAACUUCUAAGUUCUCGUCUCGAUCCUACCACACGACGCGGGUGGGAAGAACAUUCGUCUACGAAGCAGCAGGACACUGUGAAGGAUCUGCUGGAAUUUCUGCAGCGGAGAAUACAAAUUCUCGAAGCUCUACCAGCGAAGGUAGAAACGAAGGUCGAUCAAUCCCUACUACCAAAACGGAAACCAUUCUCAGCGAAGGUCAGCAACAACGCCGUACAGUCGAACAACGCUAAGUGUCCGUCGUGUUCGGAGAUUCAUGGACUCCACAUUUGUCCAGCCUUUCUGAAGAUGUCGUUGUCCAGUCGAGAGUCCCUACUGCGGGCUCAAUCACUCUGCCGCAACUGCCUCAAGCGUGGUCAUCUUGCUCGAGAGUGUGCAUCGAAGUUCUCCUGUCGGUAUUGUAAGGCACGACACCACUCCUUGCUGUGCUUCAAGGCAGGUGACGCUAACGGUAGCCAAGGAUCAUCAGGGAAGGCGAAUCUGGGAGAUAGCGCUAAGCAGGACGGCACAGGUGCGAAUUCGAAGGCAGCGAAUGCCUCAGCGGUUGAAUCUACUUCUUCCAACGCGGCACAGUGCGUCUCAUCUCAGGUUCUCCUAGCUACAGCAAUCGUAGUGAUCGAAGACGACCAAGGUUCUCGCUAUCCAGCACGAGCGCUACUGGAUUCAGGGUCGGGAUGCAACUUCAUCACCGAGAAUCUUUACCAGACGAUGAAGGUAGCGGUUAAAAGGACGGAUAUUUCGAUUAUGGGCAUCGGACAAUCAAGCACUAAGGCAUCUCGCAAGAUCAAGGUAGUCGUCAAGUCUCGAAACUCGUCGUACGCUCGAUCGAUGGAAUUUCUCGUUCUACCGAAGGUCACAGCUUGCCUACCAACCUCUACAGUUCAGGCAAAUGGAUGGGAUAUACCGGUAGACAUCGAAUUAGCGGAUCCAGAGUUUUUCCGGUCAAGAAAGGUCGACUUGGUGUUAGGGAUCCAAGCUUUCUUCAGCUUCUUCCCAACCGGAAGAGAAAUCCAACUUAGAAAAGGUUUACCUGUGCUGACCGAGUCCGUAUUUGGGUGGAUAGUGACAGGCGAAAUCACUACAGCAAGUCAGGGUACCAAGUACACUUGCAAUAUGGCAGUCUCGGACGAUCUGGAGGAACUAAUGGCACGGUUUUGGUCUGAACCAAAACUGAAUAUCUGGAGCUCGGUCACAUGCGAAUGGUGGAUGAUUGCAAGGAGAAUAGAGUCAAGCGUUGUUUUCUACCCCACCACCCGGUGA